UUCACAGAGGGUGGUGAGCUUUGUGGGCUGAAAGACCUCCUUCAACAUAGACCCUUCAGCCCAGCAGAAAGUUUCAUGAUUAGAAGUGCGCAACAGAACAAGAUGAAGUUCACUCUAUAUGCUGGCUCUCUUUUGUUUAUAGGAUGGAUGAGUGUGGUCUUAGCAGCUGAUGGGCCUCCACCAGACUGCUGUAUUACUGUGUAUAACACCAGAAUAUCACCUGAAAACAUUUUGAGCUUUACUUUACAAGAAAAAGCAAUGUGUCCUGUCAGAGCUGUAAGAUUCCUGACCAGAUUUAACAAAGUUAUUUGUUCAGAUCCUGAAAGCAUAUGGGCUAAGAGAGUAAUAACGUUAUUGGGGAGGAGAACAACAACUACAUCUGCUAUGUGCUCUACAAUUACAACAAACACGAGCCCAACUACAGUUACAACAGACAUAACAUCGGGAACAGACACCGAGAUCAGCACAAGUACAAACGUAACACCAGCAGUGAUGACACUCAAAACACCUAAAAUGGAUACCAGCACAAGUAUAAUAGUGCCAACAACAGCAACAUCAAUCGAAACAUCUAGAUCAGAUACAGAGAUCAGCAAAACAACCAUCCAACCAACUUCAGUGUCCACAGACGACCCAGAAUCUACUGCAAUAACAUGUGCGACAGGUGAAACAACUGCAACAUCAACAGAGGAGAGACGGGAAACAGCUGGAAAAGGGGAAGUUACACCUCUGAACACAUUUACAACGACGGACAACACAGUGAUCAUCACAACGCAAGAUAACAGACGUUACAGGACAAAACUGUCAAAGUUAAGAAAAAAACCUAGGAAAAGCAAGAAAGGACUUCGAAAAUAUCAGAUGAGAAGUGACCGUCUAAAAAAUAAUACUAGGUAAAACUGGAGAAUUUAAUAAAUAUAGGCAUUUUUGCAGUAGGUUUAAAUUUAUUGACGAUGGAUUGUAAAUCGAAGCACUACAGAUAUUUAGUCCUAGACUAAAACUGAUUUUUAUUAUUGGUCUUUUAAUUGUAGACUAGUUCAGUUAUGUGGUGUGUUUGUACAGAGUGUAAUUUAAAAUAAUUUGGUUUUAUUAUUGUUUAUUAAAAAGUAAUUCAAUAAAUAUUCAAUAUAAAUAAAAUGAAACGUCCUAUUACAGUAAU